UAUGCUGAUUAACUGGAUGACUAAGCGUGUUAGAUGGUCUAUGCGCAAAGAGAGCCUAUGACCUUAUGCGCUUAUUGGUAUGGUUAAUCAGGAAUUAUGAGGUCAUCAAGGUAGAGGUAGAUAUCAUUAUGACAACAACCAUUCUGACAUCUCUCUUACAAAGUCUAUCCAUGGAUGUUUCGUUGUUGUUGAUAUAUUCUUUCUCCUUAACCCCUCGCCAUUCAUACUUCGAUAACUCAACAUUCAAAGAUACCUAGGUAGAUAACAACGACUCAAAAUGACCGAAGAAGCAAAGCAGAAGUUUAUGAGCGGCGUCGAAAAGACCCGAGCCCCUGCUGAUGACAAAUCUGCACAAACUGCCCCCAAGGUACAACCGACUUCAGGGGGGGACAACCCGAAGGCCGGCGGAUCAUCUUUCAGGUCAAUCGCCAAAGGCGACACAAAUUCGUCUAAUUAUGUUCCUGCUAAAGGGCCAUCAACUUGAGGCUAUGUCCGCAUAUCGUCAACAGUAUCGCCUCGGAUCGGAAUUCUAACGCUUCAACAACGGAUAGAUCGGGAACCUACACAGGCUGGCAGUGACACGGAAUAGAGGUACACGUCUACCCUGAUUAAUUACAUGAGAUAAACCAUAUCGCAAUUUCUGUCUCUCAAAGUUUUGUUAAUCGUCUGUAUUGCAUGUGUCAUCAAAUAAAAUUCGCGGCAAAUUGCCGUAGAAAACAUAGCGCCACAGAACAUCAAUGCCAACAAGCGGAUACCAAUCAAACCCAAUGCCAAUCUCGUGCAGGGAACUCGGGCCGGAAUCUCUUAUGACUCUUCUAAGAAUCUCGAUCAUGGCUAAUAGCUAGGUCAUCUGAAUGUGUUGCCAGGUCUCCUUCAUGGGAAUACCUUCACAUCUCCGACGAAAAUGUGGGAGAUUUCUAGCCUCAUAACCAUAAAACUCACCUCAUCCCAACGGAUUGAUAGAUACAAUGCUGGAAUAGUAUACCAUUGGCGGCAGGAUCGCGGCGCCUUUUCGGAAUCAUAACAUACGGAUCGCUAGAAACAUCAUUGGUUUAUAUCAUGAAAGACACCAUUGCCAGUAUUUGGAAUUAUC